AUUUUUUUUUUCGCUCUAUCAAACAAAUACUUAAAAUGCUCUUAUUAUCAGCUCACUACGAAUCGGACGGGUCUUAGCGUUAAAUAGUCAGUGUGCGUUAUUUCCGCAAAAGAUGCACCUGUGAAUUGUCGAUCCUAAUUCUUCUAUGGUAUGGAAUGGGUAUGGAAACUGGAAAGCAUCGAUUUAUUUGAUGAGAAAUAGUUCGUAAAUGAAUCAUUCAAAUCAACCAUUUUAUCAACCCGUUGAACUGAUUCAAAUGAUCCGACUCAUAAGAACGUGAUUCAACCAUUCGGGCCACAUGGUAUCUCUCUGGUAUUACGCGGAUUCAAGGGCUGAAACAUGCAAGUUCUAUCAUUUCUUGAGACAACUAUUCCAUGAAUAUUAUAGCAGCCCAACGUUUAUUUUUUUAGCUCGAUUGGCUUACAGUACAGAACUACAAUGUUCAAGACUAUUUGGUUUCUAAACCGAUUAUUGCACAGAAACAGUGGAGUGUCAAAACACAGAGGUGUUGUCAGGUUGUGGUCAAAUGCAGCAGAGGGCGCAGUUGCUCCUCCAGCAGACUGCAGUAUCACAGCAGAGCAGGCGAUUAGAUGCUGGGCUCAACACUUCACACUGCACGGCAUUUCAGAGCCUCUUCUCUCUAGUCAGUACAUCAUAUCUCAUGUACUAGGCGAAAAAACUCUGGAGUGUGUGCAGAGGAAAAGGCUGAGAGACACCCUGACUGACAGGGAGAGAGAGAGUGUGUGGGAAUUAUGCUCCAAACGUCUCACAAGGAUGCCUGUACAAUAUGUGAUUGAGGAAUGGGACUUCAGAGACCUGACCCUUAAGAUGAGGCCUCCCGUGUUCAUACCCCGUCCUGAAACAGAGGAGCUGGUUAGUCUGGUUCUAGAGGACUCCCGCUUGAUACAGGGGGAAUCGCACAGGACUGAUUUACGAUGUCUGGAGGUGGGCUGUGGAUCUGGAGCCAUCUCUCUUAGUUUACUACACAGCAUUCCACAGCUCAGGGUAUUUGCUUUGGAUCAAAGCCAGACAGCAGUAUGUCUUACAAUGGAAAAUGCAAACAGACUAGGUCUGCAGGACAGACUAGAAGUUCACCUUUUAGAUGUGAUUAAGGAUGCAGAUGUGAUACUGAGCAAAUGCAACCCUGUUGACUUUCUAAUCAGCAACCCUCCCUACUUGCUCAGUCAGGACAUGAAGACAUUACAAACAGAGAUACUCAAGUUUGAAGACCACAGCGCAUUGGACGGGGGUUUAGACGGGCUGUCUGUGAUUCGCCCAAUUCUGGCUCUGAGCUCGAAGCUCUUAACUCCGCGAGGACGUGUUUACCUCGAGGUUGCCCCAUGCCAUCCUCCAAUCAUUCAGCAGCUGAUAGAGGAGAUGAUGCCAGGGUUGCUUUAUCUAGAAACCCGCUGUGACCUCACCAACAGGCCACGAUUUUGCAUUUUACAGAAGAAAGGAGAGGAUGGCUGAGAGAAAGGACAGAGGGAAAGACAGGCAUGAAGAUGAUCAUCUAGAAUAACACCACACUAGAUCGAGCUAGAGACUUUACCAUUAGCAAUUGCCCAUUAAAAAAAAAUGCCUUCAGCCAAACUUCAUAUGGCACACUGCCAGUCUCCUCACUGUCCUGCCAGUUCCCAGCAUGCACUGAGUUAAAAAACCUGCCAAUCCUACCGAGAAGCUCCUUCCUGAAAUCCGGCGACCUCGGGUUUCUAUUUGUUUUGUGCUGUAACCUACUGUUGUUAUAGCUGCUAUGUUCACUUUCCUUUUAAUUGGUGAGUGUGUGUGUGUGUGUGUGUGUGUGGCUGUGGUUUGUUGUGGUGAGAUUGCAUUGAUUGUGAGUAUGUGCUCAGUGUGCAAGUGUCAGGGUGCAGUAGGCUGAAGGUAAUUACUGAGGCCUUUUCUAAGAACUCCCCCUCCCAGUCCUGCGCUAGUCUCUCCCUGGAAGUAAUGUGCUCAUUCUGCGAAACAGCUGGCCCAUUGCCGCUAGCGCUCGCUCAGUUAGCCCACAAAGACAGAGACAACCCGACAUGCUCUGCUACCACAAUGUAUACAAGUACACACCAGAUCUGUCUGUGCUGGUCUGUUAAUGAGUGAAACAGAAUUUUACACCCACUGCCUCUUUUCUUUGUUUUAGUAAUGUGUAUUAAAAUAUUGCAGAGUC